AGAAGGCAGCUCAGAUUCAACUGGCUCUUCAAACCGAGCAGAACAGCUCUGACUCACAGCUAUGGCACCCACUGUUUUUGGACAAGCAAACUUCUCUAAGGAUCACCUGACUCCAGCUCAUAAGCUGAGAAAGCCAAUGGUGGAGAAACUGCGCCGAGAUCGCAUUAACACCAGCAUCGAGCAGCUGAAAUCCCUGCUGAGUCCUGAGUUCCUCAGGCAGCAGCCUGACUCCAAGCAGGAGAAGGCCGACAUCCUGGAGAUGGCUGUGUCCUAUCUGAGGAGCUGGCAGCAGCAGAAGCAGCAGCAGCAAGCCAGCAUGACCUCCGGCUUGAUGUCGGCCAAUGACGGCUACUCCUGCUGUGUGCAGGAGGCCGUCAGCUUCCUAUCCCACUGUGAGGUCCAGACUCAGGCCCACAGGCGAUUGCUCAACCACUUCCAGGGUCUGCAGGCAUCCAGCAGGACCAGCCACAGUCUCUGCACAGUCUCCCCCCCGGGGUCACCACUCCAUCAGGUCAGCUCCAGCAAAGGUGUGAGCCAGGCUGGCUGUGAUCUAUGGAGACCCUGGUAG